GACAUGUCCUCCAGCCUGUCCGAGCUCUAUCAAUCCUCACUGACCUUCUGGAGCCAUCUGAUCCAUCUACUGCUGCAGUUCAUCCAGAUCAACUGCUGGAACCACACAAAACAGGAGCAGGAGGAGCCACUCAGGCAUUCCAGUGCGAUAACCAGGACCAUGGAGGCCUUUGCGGAGGAGCAGCAGAGGAGGGUGCAACUGAAGGCCCAGGAGUACGCCAAAGUGGAGCUACUGCAUCGCCUGCUCGUCCAGCAGCAACUGCAGGAACUGGAGCAGCGCAGACUCAUUCGAUUGGCCCUCGCCCGAAGGCGGCUGGACUACUCGAGUUAG